GCGGGGUGCGAGCGAUGCGUCGCGCGGGUCCUCGCCGCGGAAGAUCUGGCGGACUCGGUCGGGCUCGGUCGGUUCCUGAGGAGGCAUGGCAUCGUGGUGGAGCCCGGGGAGCCGGAUCCCGCCCUCAAGGACAUCUUCAAGGACAUCUUUGAGCUGUCCUUCGCCUGCGCUUCGAUGGCGAUCUUACGCUGUCCGACUUUGUCGCCCUCGACCCAGUCACCCUCGACUCAGACGCCCUCGACUCAGACGCUCUCGACUCAGUUGUUCAGCGGGGAGCAACUGAAGCUUGUGAUCCUCACUCCCCAGCAAAGAGAACUGGUGAAAAGGAAAUCGUCGGCGAUUUUCAUCUGCGGUGGCAGCGGGACCGGCAAGACCCUCGUCCUCCGCCUGAGGGCCCUGGACCUGGCCAGGAGGGGCGAGGUCCUCGUGGUCAACAUGGCCGGGGGGAUGCUCACGGGGGAGCUCCGGAAGGACUUCAAGGGCAUGGAGAAGAUCGAAGUGGUGGAUGGAAGGAAGGAAGGCCUCCACAAGGACAUCCACAAGGACAUCCACAAUGACCUGCACAGGUUGAUGGACUACGUGCAGAUUCGAGGCAAAGGAAGGCACGUCCUCAUCGACGAAGUCCCGAUCACCCUCGGCUUCGAGGGCCGCCUGACCGCCGCGGCCCUCUCGGCCCACUGGUCGAAGGCGGCCCACGCGACCGGCAUCCGGUCCAUCGCCCUCGCGUUCCGGACGAACGACCGGGCGUGGUCCAGGGACGUCGCCCUCGAGGACCUGCGGCCCGGACGCGUCCGGCUCGACAUCCUCGACCGGAUCAAGCGCAACAGCCGGAACGUCGCCGACCUCCUCCUCGCCAUCGGGGAUCAUUCCCGCCGGACCUUCCUCUCCCGCGAGAGGACGCUGCCGAUGACCUUGGAAGAACCUUCGGAGCAAUGGCUGCCCCGCUUGUCCGUACUUCCCCCGUGCCUCGAGAACGUCUGCAGCGGCGACAUCUGCCGAGCGACAAGGGCAGCACAAGUCAUCCACGACAUCCACGCCGCUCACGACCUCCACGGAUGCAGCUCGAGCGUCUUCGUCGUCGUUAAGGAUGAGGCAGACAAGGCGAUGAUGGCAGCGGCUCUCGCGUCUCUCGGUCCCCGCCCCGCCGCCGCAGUGGAGGAGGAGGGC